AUGGAUCAAUCUGAAUCGGUUGAACAAGAACUUCGUCGUCGUGCACCAAACUCUUUCAAUGAUAAAAAUCUCUUUUCAUCCGAUUCUUAUAUUGCUGCUAAACAAAUAGAUGAUUUAUUGAAGAUAGUUAAUCGACAAAUAAGUCGAUUUAAACGUAGUACUACACUAUUGGUACUACGAGCGACAGCUGGAUUAAGAUUAUUAAAUGAAACAAAUCAACAACAAAUUUUCCAAGCUGUCAAUCAAACAUUUAUAAAAUAUGGAUUUUAUCAAGCAACAAUGGAUAUUGCGAUUAUGAAUGAAGCAGAAGAAGGAACUAACUCAUGA